AUGGAUUCCUUAAAUCUUUGGAGGAAAAAAGAUGAAGAAGAUGAUCUAUUAAUGCUUAGCUAUUGGUCGAGAGAAUGUUCAGCAACUUCCAGAAAUGUAGAACAUCACCCAUCCAUUCUUACAGGUGCUGCAUAUGUACAAGAAAUUCUUGAAGGUCAUGAAGAACGUUGCAAAAGAGAAUUUCGUAUGGAGCCUUAUAUAUUUCAAGCACUGGUUGAUCAUUUAAGAGAAAAAUCGCUCCUCUGCAACUCAAAACGGACAAUAGUCAAGGAACAACUACCAAUGUUUAUGUACACUCUUGCUCAUAAUGCUAGUAACCGUGAUGUGCAAGAGCGAUUUCAGUAUUCUGCAGAAACAGUUAGUCGAUAUUUUAGUAAAGUACUUAAAGCUGUUAAUCGACUUGCUCAUAAAUACGUAGAACCUCCAUCGACAAUGACAUCACCAGUUAUUCAGAAUACCCGAAAAUUUUCCCAUAAUUCAAGAAACAAGAAGCAAACACUAUCACAGAAUGUUAUGGUCGCAUGUGAUUUUGAUCUUCAUUUUGUAUAUGUACGAGCCGGGUGGAAAGGAUUUGCUUCUGAUGCUAGGAUUCUCCAACGUUCGAUUGAACAAGGUUUUGAAGUCUCAAAGGGUAAAUAUUAUCUUGUAGAUGCAGGAUAUGCUAAUAUCCUGAAUUUUAUUGCUCCAUAUAGAGGUGUUCGUUAUCAUUUGCAGGAGCAAGGUCGAGCGCAAUCUAGACCGAGCAAUUAUAAAGGACUAUUUAAUUUACUACAUGCGUCAUUAAAGAAUCAUGUUGAACGCAUCAUCGGUAUUUUGAAGAUGAGAUUUCCGAUACUUAAAGUAGCAACUUAUCACCCAAUCGACUCUCAAACUGGUAUAGUAGUUGCUGCUUGUAUGUUGCAUAACUUCAUCCGUAUACAUAAUGGUACAGAGGUUGUUGAGGAUUUUGAUAGUGAAGCCGAAGAAACUAUUGUUCCUAAUGGAGAUGAGUCAUACGGAGAAGAUGUUGACACCAUGAACUCUGAGCGAAAUACAGCUAUCGCCGAGGUAGACCAUAGGUUUGUGGUAAUCAUAAAAUUGUUUCUUAGACAUUGUAUCGCCGAGCUCUUUAGGAUAAAUGAAAUUAAUGGCAAAGAAUCUGAAAGUUUGGAUGUUGAAUGCCUAUCCUGA